AUGGAAAGCCCAAAUUACCGACAGCAUAAUCUAGAAACGCCGGUUGGCAUUAAGAUUCCAGGGGACGACGAACUAAAGGAUUCAGUUUGGAAAACUGCACAUUAUGUUGCAAGGAAUGGGCAUCAGUUCGAAGAAAAGUUACACGGUGAUAGAUUUUCAUUCCUACAAGAAGAUGACGAAUAUAACGAUUAUUAUCGGUUCCUAGUUUCAAGUUUCGAAGAAACUAACAACAAUGGCAAGCAAGAUAUGGCUGAAGAUGAUUAUCAAGGCGAAGUUGAGCGCGAAGAGGCGCUACCUCUUGAUUCUAUUCCUCAGAAUCCGUAUCUGUUUGUUUUUAGCACUUAUGACAAGAACGUUUCACAGAUGUCCUUAAAAAUUAUGAAAACCACUGCACUUUACUGUAUUGCCAACGAGGAAAAUGAAUAUCUCAAUCUAUUGAGGGAGCGUUAUAGAGAAGAAGAGAUUUUUGCGUUUUUGAAACCUGACCACCCACUUAACCCUGUUUUUACCGGCUUUAUAAAUCAAUACAAACAGAUUAUAAGCAGAGAAUUUGGCCCUCUUACAGAUCUUGGCAAGGAUUUUAAGUUGACAUUAAUGAGAAGAUGUUUUAAAAGAGCAGAAUAUGAAGAGUACGCUCUAGCAAUGAAAGAAGAACAAAGGCAGGUUUAUGAAAAGUUCAAGCUUAAAUUUUCUGCAUACGAUUGGAGUUCUUUUAAAAUUAUUGGUAAAAUUGCCUUUUCCGAAGAAGAUCAGACCAAAAAGCUUCCGGAGCCCUUGGACUUCGUUUCUCUGUCAUUUAAGUCAUUACAAAAACAAACUCCAGACGCUUUCCUUACCUCGAACAUUGAAAUUUCAUCGCAGACGGAAAACAACUCAAAGGGGCAUGACGAUACUACCGAGGCUAAGUUGAAGAAAAAGCCCAAGAUGAAGAUAAAAGCUGCAGGAGAGACCAGACUGAAGAGAGACGCCUUCGAAGCAUCAUCUAAAACUGAAAAUUCGAAAUUCAUAGAAUGCCCUAUAACUCACAAAAUGAUUCCUGAACAUAAAUUUGACAAGCAUAUUCAGAUUCUUCUCAGUGAUCCGAAUUACUUGAAAGAGCGGGAACAAUUUAAAGCCAAGCAUAAGUUAACUAAUUUAACUUACGAAGGAGUGCAUGAAAAUAUCAAAAGACUAGCAAAAAUAAACACAGAUCACAACAAUAAGGAGCAAUCUUCGAAGAGACAAAAAACUUAG